ACGUGUCUCAUAUUUUGCAGCAGUCCACCAAAAUACUCAUUGGCGAAUUAUCCGAGGUUUUUCAAAAGGAUAUAAAGAAUAAGAUUGUCGGCAAAUUCAUCUUUGAUCAUUUCACAUCAAAGAUCCAAGAGCGAAAACAGCAGCGACUGGUAAAAUUAAAAUCCAAGGACGAGGAGAAAAAGCAACAACCGGAAAUAGGUACUAGAGAAUUAUCUGAACUUGGACCUUUCAAAUCAAAAUAUACAAUGUUGCAUUCUGCAAAGCUGCCCUCGAAAUCGAAUGGGAAUGGAUUGCGAGAUUAUAAUUUGAAAUUCCAAAAGAGUGAUAGUGAUUUCCGAGAUCGAAGGUCUAGUUAUAAAAAAGACCAAAAGCAGUCUUCAUCUAAACCUACCGUUAGUAGCAUAAAUAGCAAUAAAAGAUCGUAUCCGAGCUCUAAAUACGACAACAGCCGGUCUAACAAAAAGAUUAAGUGCAGAAAAUCCCCUCUACCAAAACGACCAGCUUUUGAAUUCACAGAUUCUGAGAGUGAAGACGAACAAGAAGAAAAGAUUGAAGAUCAAGCUACUUGUUCCAAUAAGCAAGAAGCGUCAUCUAGCUCUGAAGAUGGAGAGAUACACACAGAUGAUGAACUAUUUCCAGAAAAUCAAAAAUCUCCACCCCCUAAACAAGAGUUACUUGAAAAACCUAAACAUGCACCUCUUAAAGUCGAAAAACCACGUCAUCAACAACAAAGACUACGUGAUUAUUUAAGCGAGGAUGAUGACUCGGAUCCUAACAAUUUUCUAGAAGAGUUCAAUAAACAUGAAUCUCAACGAGAACAAGAGAAUCAUUCUCCUGCAAAUGAAGAUUUAAUGGAUGUCGACAAAAAUGAAUUUUUAACUGAUGAUAUCAUCAAUAAAGUAGAUCGUCUGCCGAAGAGGAAAAAGAGACGUUUAUCGAAUCAGUCUUCAAAGAAAAUAAAGCGGCUUACCAAAAGUAUUGAUUUCACCAGCAGCGAGAGUGAGGAGGAACUUGAAUUAAAACACAAGAAUGACACUGCUGCUAAUAUUAAAAAAUAA